ACUCAGUCUUUGGGAAGGAAAGGUGGGAAAGGACCUGAUCCAUUCGUUCGUACAGCACUUCCAACACCAUGAGCAACGAACCCGAGGGUGUCCUGAAAGCGAAACUGAAUGAUCUCGAAUGCCACUUCACUUGGGGAUUCCAGGAAAAGGAAUUCUCACUGGACAAAAUGAAACUAAAACUGGAAACUUUACCAGAGGAUUUUGUGCAAUACAAAGCGAUGCCCUACAACCAACUCGCUUUCGUAAACCACUUGCAAGGCGACUACCGAGAAGCUCUACGAAACCUUGAGAAAGCCGAAAAGAUUCUGCGAGAGGACCAUCCAAGUGAAUUUGGAAGGAGCAUCGUCACCUAUGGAAACUACGCCUGGGUGUAUUAUCACAGGGGACAACUGACGGAUGCCCAGACCUACCUGGACAAGCUGGAGGACAUCUGGAGCAACCAAUUUCCAUCGCGUGAUGCGGCUCAGAUACCCGAAGUGUGUGGGGAGAAGGGUUGGUCACUGCUCAACUAUUCGAUAGGUUAUUAUGGUGAAGCGGAGGAAUGUUUCAUUCAGGCUUUGGAGGGAGACCCUCUCGACACCGAGUGGAAUCUGGGUUUAGCCACCGUCCUGUGGCGUAAGGAAGCUGUGUCCGGAGUGGUGGGGAGUUGCGAAAACAGCGAAUCGGUAGCACAAUUGCGACGGGUGUUACUACUCGAUGGAAACCGAUCCAUGGCUAUGAUGCUCUUGGCACUGAGACUGCAAGAAUUCGACCAACGAGAGGAAGCUUCUGCCUUAGUUGAGAACGCACUGCGGGUCUCUUCCGAUGGUUCGCUGGCGAUUCGCUACGCAGCCAAAUUUUACAGGAAAGAAGACGAUGUCGAUAAAGCUAUAGCAUUGUUGGGGAGAGCCAUGGAGAGCGCACCACACUCAUCAUUCCUACACCAUCAGAUGGGGCUGUGUUACAGAUCCAAAUUCCUUACACUGGACAAAGAUCCGGUCAGUAACAUUCCUCAUGCCCCAGUUUUUCAAGAGAAAACGGAAUGCAUUCAAAAAUCCAAGUUUCAUUUUGGAAAGGCAUUUGAACAAAACCCAUUUUUUACUAUUGCAAAAUUGGAUUUUGCAAACAUUUGCGUACGUAACAGAGAGUACCUGGAAGCAGAACAGAUUUUCACUGAUUUACUUCGAUUAGAGAGUAGUCAUGAUGCAAAUAAACAGGCAGUAUAUUUACAGUAUGGGUUAUUUCAGCAGAAUCAGAAAAAAUCUGAUUCAAAUGCUGCCAGCCUCUUUUUAGAAGGUUUGAAAAUCAGCAAGGACACCAGGUCAGGUAAAAUGUGUCGCGUUAAUUUGCAAAGGAUUGCAGAAAAACAUGACAACAAUAAUUCAAGUGACAGCAAAGUCUUUUAUUUUGUUGGGUUAAUGUACCAAUUGGAUGGGGAGACGCCAAAGGCUAUUGAGUGUCUUGAAAAGGCAACCAAAUUUGAUCAACACAAUGAAGAGUAUAACAAUGCUUUAAUUGAAUUAUGCCUUUCUAUGCAGGAAAAUAACGUUCUCACCUGAAACGAAAUGAAACGUUUGCAUGAUAGCUGAUUAGAAAGAAUUAUUCAAUGUAGUAUAUGUUUUAAAACUGUUUCUCAUUUAAUUUGACUGACCUAAUGUAUAUUGCUACUAGCGCUUUAUCUUAGAAAACUUUAUACGCAUAUAUUUAGUAUAUGUAUAAUUUUGAAUCGUUUCAUGCAUAAAUAUUGAAAAUGUAGUUUCAUCACAAUAUGUUUGUCUUUGCUCUCUCAGAUCUAUGCUCUCAUAGAUAUGUUUUCUAGCUGAGAAUGCAAAUAUGAAGUCAAUAAACUCUUGCAACUAAA